AUGCUGCGUCAGGAGAGGCUGCGGUUCCAUCAGGAAGACGUGAUUCGGGGUCAGAUCGUCGUCGCGGAAAUGAUGCGAAUAUUAGUGGCUCGGAGACUUUGCCAAGGCCCGCAGCAAAGCAACGCGUGGUGUACAAUAGCAAUAACAGUAAGUUCGUGCCUCUUCAGAAGAGUGCGACGAUUCGGGGAAAUACGAGACGCAGCUGGUCCUCAGAGAGGGAGAGGCGGUCGGGGCGGUCGUGGUGGUCGUGGUUUCAACCGUGGCGGCGCUACAACUGAUCGACGUAGUAGCUUCUCCGGUGCUGAGAAACCUGCUACGGCACCACCCGCCAGCGGAAAGCCAGCUGAGACGGAACCAGAGACCGCGGAACGAAAACCGUCGACGGAAAUGCGGACAGACCGUCCCGAACGAAAGGAAUAUCAUGGUUCACACGCUUCAUUACGAAGUGGUCGAACAGGCACUCUGCGAAAGAAUCGAGGUGGAGGCGCAGGAUUUGUCAAAGAUCGAACUCCAAGAGAUUCUCGAGAAAGCGACGGACCUUGGUCUGGUGAUAAAGCCGUGGACGGCGAAGCGCACAAAGAGCAGUCUAAGCCCUCCGAGGAACCCUCAGAUCGACAAAAUAAAAUCGAAGAUAAAGGGUCGGUGGCGCCGGUAAAGAAAGAUGUCGCCAAGUCUCCUCCCUCCUCUGCUGCGCCAGCUGCAGCUACGUCGUCUUCUACA